CCCCCCCACCGGCAGUAUCUUGAUGGGGAAGCUGAUCUCCAAAGGCUGGAGGAAAAGAGAUGCACGAGUUAUCAUGCUGGGGCUCGACUUUGCUGGCAAAUCCACCCUUCUGUACAAACUGAAGAGCGGCCAGGCUGUGGAGACCUGCCCCACGGUGGGAUUCAACGUGGAGUCUCUGAAAACACCCUGUGGCAUAUCCUUCACCCUUUGGGAUGUUGGCGGCCAAGACAGCCUGCGGGCCAGCUGGCCUAACUACCUGGAGGAUAUCAACAGCCUCAUCUUCGUGCUUGACAGCACAGACACGGCCCGGCUGGCUGAAGCAGUGGCAGCACUGGAGGAGGCCCUGAGCCACCCCGGCAUGGCCGGCAUCCCUGUGCUCCUCCUGGCCAACAAGCAGGACGUGCCGGGAGCGCUGGCUCCAGCCGAGCUGGGGGAGAUGCUGCGGCUGGGGGGGCUGGCAAGGCACCACUGGGUGCUCCAGGGGUGCAGUGCCCACACUGGCCAGGGCCUGCAAGAAGUCCUGGCCAUCCUGGGAAUGCUGCUGCGGGGCUCAGAGCAGAGCUCCCUAUCCCAGGAGCAGCCCAUCAUGGGGCUGGCAGAAAGGAGACAAGCUCCAGAGCAAACCUGAACCCCUCCCUCUCAUGGCUGCCAGCAGGUUUGUCACGGAGGAUUCCAGCCUCCAGACACCCCUACAAGGAGCAGAACUGCAGCUGGCACACUCUGUGAAACACCCAGCUCCUCACCACCAAAACCCACCAGGAGGAUCUCUCAGCAAACUCCCAUCAUGGAGCAGUUUUGGCAUCUCUUGGACUCUCAUCUCUGGCUGCAGCUUGUCCCACUGUCACCAUGUUCCACUCAUCCACUGUGCUCGUGUGUCCAGAGGUUCAGCAGGGAUGCUUUUUAACAUUUAAGAAUUAUAACAGAGAUGUGUGCAAAGAAUAGAAGUUUUCUUCAUUCUGCAGCUCUCAGCCCAGAUACAUCUAUCCAGAUGGGAUGAUCCCCACAUGGGGGGAGUUUGGAUGUUCCCCAUUCUGCUUGUCCCUCAGCAGAGAUCGCAUAUUCAUUGUCUGGGAACGCAGGAAAGCGCUGAAAAUAAUGGCUGAAUGGGAGCAGUGUAAGCUUAGGACAUCAAAUGGCCAAGAGACUAAUUGGUUUUAGUGUGGCAUCUCCAGGUAUAAUAAUCUUCAAACCAUGGAAGCAAGCUGGGAUUUGAUGGUGUAAUGCAGUUUGAGGAUGUGUGUAUAUUAAUUUAUGCAUUUUUUGAAAUGGUUCUUUAUUUCUCCAUCAUUUUUAUCAAAGAAUUAGUUAAAGAAAAUGGUCCCUCAUUUUCCUUGGACUAUGUCUAAAUAUAAAGAAAUCAGAUGUGACUUUAAGAUGUUUGGAAAUACAUCUCCAUGGCCAGUCAACCUCUAAAUAUUCUCAUGGUGGCCUGAACAGCCAAAACAAAACCCUGUCAACUUUUGAAACUGCAUGCGACCAUUCCACAUGCAUUUGUUGGUAACUGUGGGCACCUAUGGACACAGGCAGGUUGGUGACCAAAGGUCUCUCCACACUCAGCUGUGUCCAGGGCAGAUGAAAACGCCCCUGGCAGCUCACAACAGGACCAGGUCCCAUGUGGCAGGGAUGGUCUUUGUCCAACCCUGCUCAACCUACCACUGGAAAGACCUAUAAAAUGUGUAUCCAAGCUUCUGUUAUCCAGAGUUAAAAUUAAAAUAUUUCAUAGUAGUCCCUGCUUCAUUAUGAAAUGAAUGGGGGAAGGGGAGGGAUAGGAUACAACAUUUUUAUUUCUAUUUUCCAUAUCUGUUUCUAUUCAGAAAUCAGCUGCUUUCAAGGAAUGGCAUGCUCAGUCUAGAAACACCAAUGAGAAAUACACAGCAAAAUCCUCCUCUGUUCAUACCCAGAGCAUUUUACAAUUGUUAAGGAAUUAAUUGUCCAACUGGUCCUGGUGCUGUUAUUAGCCAUACUUAAUAGAAGGCAGCAGCUGGAAUAGAGAGCUCAAACAGUCAUGAAGAAACAG